UGAAAGACAACGAUUUGAAAAUAUUCGUCGCAAUGAAGAAAUUCUUAGACAACUAAACAUUCCAGAACUUUCUCGUUCUCAACUUCAAGAAAAAAAGCAAAGUCAGCCUACACGUCAAUCUUUACGUUUACGCGGUUUCACACCUGACGGGUCUGAUGCUAAAAGAGAAGCUGAAAAAGUAGAAAAAAGACGUGAAAGAGAAAAACGCGUUAGAAUGAUGGGUGAUCUUGAUUUAAAUUCUGUUCGAUCAGAUAUGACAUCUAUCGAUGAUACCAAUUAUUUUGUUGAUCUUUUAUCUAAAAUGAGAAGGUUCUCUGAUGACGAAAGUACUAUUUCAGAUGACAUUGACUAUAGUAGUAUUGCAGGAGGUGCGGAUGGUUUUAAAACAGUUCAAAGGUCUUGUCGUUCGCUCGCCAUUAGAAUGCAAUGGGCAAGCGUUAAAGUCACCCCAGAUAGAAUAUACAGUAUUGCUGUUCAUCCUGCUAAGGAAAAGGUGCUGGCUGCUGCUGGUGAUAAAGAGGGAUGGCUUGGAUUUUGGGACGUUAAUGAAACCGUCAAAUCAGAAGAUGACGACGAAGAUCAACCUAGGACCUACAUGUUUCAGGCUCACUCAGCACCUAUAACGUCUACAAUGUAUUCCCCUACUGAUUCUAAUCAUCUUUACACGUGUUCAUACGAUGGAUCCAUUAGAUCUUUUGAUUUUAAUCAAGCAAAAUUUAUGGAAGCUUUUAGGACUGAAGAGCCUGAAUAUUUAUUGUCCAGUAUGGACAUGGAUCCUAAUGGUCAGACAAUUUACUUAUCUACAAACGAAGGCAAAUUUGGAAUAAAAGAUAUCC